CCGGAAGCUGGCAUCAAUCUCAGUAUUUCCAGUCAAAGGUUUCACAACGUUGCUCAUCUUUAUUUCAGCGUAGACACAUUUCACAGAAGGACAGAAUAGACAGUGAUAAUGGCUGAGAGAAAGUCAGUAAAUAAGUACUACCCUCCCGACUGGGAUCCGUCAAAGGGCUCCGUGAACCAAUAUGUCGGCCAGCAUCCACUGCGGGACAGAGCCAAGAAGCUUGGCCAGGGUAUCCUUGUCAUCAGGUUUGAGAUGCCGUACAAUAUUUGGUGUGGUGGUUGUGGAAGCCAUAUUGGCAUGGGUGUCCGGUACAACGCGGAGAAAACCAAGACUGGAAUGUACUACACUACUCCCCUCUAUAAGUUUAGGAUGAAGUGCCAUCUCUGCGAUAAUUACUUUGAAAUACAGACAGAUCCAAAGAACCAUGAUUACGUGAUCUUGGAGGGUGCUAGAAGGAAGGAACAGAGAUGGGACCCAAAAGAAAAUGGCCAGAUUGAAACAGAAGACAAGGCUGUUAUUAAGAAGAUGGCGACUGAUGCUAUGUUUAAACUUGAGCAUGGCUCAGACGACGUGAAGAAAGGUAAACAAGCCAUUACGUGUCUCUCGUCCCUGGAAUCACGCAGGGAUGAGUGGAAGGACGACUAUAUGCUGAACAAGAUUGCAAGGCAAAAGUUCAGGGAAGAAAAGCGUGUACAGAAGGAAAAAGCCGACAGUGAUGCUGACCUCCUGGCAAGGUCAUCCCUCAAUAUUCCACUACAGAAGGAGCGGGAUGAAGACGUUAAACUCGCCUCUCUUAUCAAGUAUCGGGCUCUUGACACUUAUGAUGAAAAACAAGCAAAGAAGCGGAAAGAAAUAGAAAAGAGACCAAUAUUCCAUUCAGCAUCGAAAGUCCCUAAAAUAGCGACACCAGAGCACAAGAGUGUGAACAUUCUAAAAGACAACAUCAAGUCACCAUUCGGCAAAAAUGCCAGUGUACUUAGCAGAACUAAAUCUUCUCUUACAAAAGCUUCCCUUGGUAUUUGCAAAAAAGAAUUUAAAACUCCAGGUUUGGGAUUGCUUUCUAUGAAAGCAGAGUCGCAAUCUAAAGGCAAGAAAAUUGAAAAUCCUACAAAUUUUGAAACAAGUAAGUAUACAAAUGGACAAGAAAUUAAUAUUGUUGAAGAGAGGUUAAAAGAAACAGAUGAAGACAUUGAAGGUGAAGUAAGUGGUAACAUAACUGAUGAUGUAUCAACUGCCGCAAUUGGUGAUGAUUGUGGUCAAUCUUCGAAAGAUAAUGUCACUGUGCCAAUUUUGUUAGAUCCUUUGAAGAGUAAGCCUGUUCAAGCUGUGUCUGGCUUGUCCCUGGUUGGGUCGUACAGUGAUAGCGACAGUGAUUCAUAAGUGAUUAUUUAGUCAAUUGUUCAGAACGUUGUUAACGAAAAGUUAACAAAAUCAUUGUUAACUUUUAAACAUGAACUAUUUGAUUACAAUGUAUGUGCUCAUAUAUUUAAAUAAAACAAGUACAGCUGAAACAUUUGUCUAUAAUCUUGUGAUAAAUACUGCAGAUCACAAGUGUAUCCAUUAACUUACAGAGCAAUAUAGAUUUGAAUGUAUUCAUUCUUAAAUUUUACAAUGUUCUGAACAAUCGGACCAUUAUGUUAGAUAUUUCGUUAAACUGUUAUUAUAUUCAUCUGAUUUAAGUUAUAUGUGUAAAAUUAGUGCCCAUUCUCUCCUGAUUUCACCAGCUUUGGUUAAAACUGUUGAGUCUGUGGCAGAUUGUUGACAGAUUUCAAAUCAUUUGAAAUAAACUGCUCAUGAUAGCAAGAAAUAUGUUUUUUGACUUGCUGUUGAUAUGUUUGUUACUGUAUGCACAUUUCUAGAUUGCAACUGUUUGAAAUAAAAAAAAUAUUGUAUAUAAUGUAACAUUUAGAAUUG